GGGUGCGGCGGGCACCGCUCAGCCGGGGCCGGGCUGCGCCGCGAUGGUCGGGGCUGUUCACGUGCCUUGAGCCCUGCCGGCAGCCGCGGAGGGAGCCCUCGGCGUGUGCGGGUGGACCGAGACCUUCCCGAGAUGCUGGCAGCCCGACAGCAGAGAGCUGUUUAAAUGAUGAAGUGUCCGAUGUGUCAUCGCAGAUUCCUGCUGUGGUUAUGAGGUCAUGCAUCUUGUCUUAUUCUUCACGUUCGUACAGUUCAGAAAGAGCUUUUACUGCUUCUUUGGGGAAAGAAACUUCAAGUCCUCCUACAGGGAGCUGGAAACCCUAUCUUUUAUCUUCCUUCUUCAUUCUUCAGUUGUGAACUAAAAAACUAUAUCAUCCUGUUGCAAGAUUCUGGAAAACAUCAACAACACCGAUGAAUGGCUUGAUUAUCACUUUCAGCUCCAGAUGACUUUCCCUGGUGUUUAUAAGGAUGUCGUCUGUUACUGAAAAUGGAGAUGUUACUGCUGGAAAGCCAAAUGAAGAGAAAACAUACAAAAAGACUGCAUCCUCAGCUAUUAAAGGUGCUAUCCAGCUGGGAAUAGGAUACACAGUAGGAAACCUUACAUCAAAACCAGACAGAGAUGUUCUUAUGCAAGACUUCUAUGUAGUGGAAAGUGUCUUCCUACCCAGUGAAGGGAGCAAUCUCACCCCUGCUCAUCAUUACCCUGACUUCAGAUUUAAGACGUACGCACCUCUUGCCUUCCGAUAUUUCAGAGAACUUUUUGGUAUCAAGCCUGAUGAUUAUUUGUAUUCAAUCUGCAGUGAGCCUUUAAUUGAAUUAUCCAAUCCAGGUGCCAGUGGGUCCUUAUUUUUUGUAACUAGUGAUGACGAGUUCAUCAUCAAAACAGUUCAACACAAAGAGGCUGAGUUUCUUCAGAAGCUCUUGCCAGGUUAUUAUAUGAAUCUGAACCAGAAUCCGAGGACUCUCCUACCCAAAUUUUAUGGGCUGUACUGCGUUCAGUCAGGAGGCAUUAAUAUUAGAAUUGUUGUAAUGAACAAUGUUUUGCCACGAGCCUUGAAAAUGCAUUUCACAUACGACUUGAAAGGCUCCACAUAUAAAAGGAGAGCAUCAAGAAAAGAGAGGGAGAAGUCCAACCCAACAUUCAAAGACUUGGACUUCUUGCAAGACAUGCAUGAAGGGUUGUAUUUUGACUCUGAAACUCACAGCGCAUUAAUGAAAACGCUACAGCGGGAUUGUCGAGUUCUAGAAAGUUUCAAGAUCAUGGAUUACAGCCUUCUACUGGGAAUCCACAUAUUGAACAGUCACAUGAAGGAAAAAGAGGGUGAGACUUCCCAGAAUGCGUCAGAUGCAAAACGUCCUGGAGGGCAGAAGGUUCUCUAUUCCACAGCCAUGGAGUCUAUACAGGGGCCUGGGAAGUCAGGGGACUCUGUCGUCACAGAGGCAACAAACACAAUGGGAGGUAUUCCAGCCAAAAGCCAUAAAGGAGAAAAGCUGCUUCUAUUUAUGGGUAUUAUUGAUAUUCUACAGUCUUACAGGUUAAUGAAGAAGCUGGAACACUCAUGGAAAGCUCUUGUUUAUGAUGGGGACACAGUUUCAGUUCACAGACCAAGUUUUUAUGCAGACAGAUUUUUAAAAUUUAUGAGUACCAGAGUUUUCAAGAAACUUCAAGCUUUAAGAUCUUCUCCUUCCAAGAAACGGUGCAAUUCCAUCACGGCCCUAAAGGCAACAUCACAAGAAAUAGUGUAUGCUGUUAGCCAGGACUGGAAGGAUGAGAAACACGGCAUUAUUACUGAAGGACAAAGCUACUCCAGCCUUGAUGAGGAAGUACUAGGUUCGCGCCAUCGACCGGAUCUAGUGCCAAGCACUCCUUCUCUGUUUGAAGCAGCUUCUUUGGCAACCACACUUUCUUCUUCUUCUUUGAAUGCAGAUGAGCGUUAUCAACGUGAUCAACCUAUGCUCUAUUCUAACAGUAAAGGGUUGCCUUCAAGUUCAACAUAUACUUUAGAAGACAGUGCCAUCUAUUUGACUUCAGAGCAGAGCACACUGGAGACGGAAAAUGAUAAUGCUUCAGUUUUGGAUGUCUACUUAUAAUAAAGAAUACAUGAAGAAUAAAACCAGGACAGAGAAGUGACCGUGGUUAAUGAAGAGCACUUUCUGCACUCCUGAUUUAAGAAGGAGGCAUUUGCUGAGCCUAAUAGUCAAAGAAUAAUAAUCAACUGAACUUUUUCUAAGAAAUGUCAGGAUCUUUGAACCAUAGAAAGGAUUGAUGGACUUGGCAAAAGUGAUAUGAAACAUUCCACACUCCACUAUCCUCUGCUGUUGCUUGCUGAACUGUGAAGACCUGCGUAUUCGAGCUGCUUUCUACCAUAUUGCCAAUCACCUUUUUUCGACUUGAAAGUAAUAUUUUCUUAUCAGCUCUCUAGUGAUUUCAUUUGCAUGCAUUCGGUAAUUAGGCACAAGCAAAAUAUAUUAUCUGCUUUACCUAUUUAAAAAUAAGCACAGUGGUGAAUAUAAUUAAUUUCACAUGUUUUUCACCCUUCAGUUGUAAUCACUUAGAUCCACGUCAGUGGAAAUUGGAAUUGAUGCAAGGGUUAGGGUAAGCCUCUGCACAUACCAGAAGAAAAUGAACCUCUAAAGACAUUUUCACUGUUGGUGAAAAGAAGAAAAGAUGUUAUUUAUAACAAGGCCUUAUGUUGUGUAUAUAUAUUGUCUUUGGAAUAUUUUCAACUUUAGUUUAUUUCUUGUAAAAGAGAAAUUAUAUAAUUUAUUUAGUAAAUACUACUGUAAACUAUA